CUCAUCUGGAGGAAAGAAGACAUUAUCGCAAAUUUAAGAAUGCAUUACAGAUCGUAUUGUGUUAUUGCAGGUGCAGGUACAGUUGCUUAACAAUCGCGUUCUGAACGCAUGAAUUAUGGCCCCUUCCAUAGGCCAUAGAUUGGUGUAUAAUUCCACGCGUGUGGAUUAUUCGCUCUUUGUGAUUGGGCGAAACAUUCUGGCUGCUCAACCAAUCAGAUAGCGAUAGAGUGUCACCUCCUACACUUUUUUAAGUAGUAUGGCUGCGGUUCUGUAGUUUGUGUGACUGGCUAGUUGGUUCUUAACUUAUUAUAUUCAUUCAAAUCAUGUCAGUGUUUCUGUUCUUGAAGAACUUGCGCUGGGCUAGCAGACUUUCUCUCACUGUCGCUCGUCCAGUCGUUAGUUGUCUUUACCAUACCCAUAAAGGGGUUUAUGGAUACCGACCUAAACAAACAGACGUGGACCCGAAGUGGGGGAUCGACCAUAUCUCUGCACUCAAUGAAGAUCACGGUUUAGCUCGGUUGGUUGAGGCAUACCGAACACAUGGACACAAGGCUGCUAAAAUUAACCCUCUGCUAUCCGAGCAGCCCGUGGUGGAUACUGUGCCGGAGAUCAACAUGCUGACCGGUGUUUUACGGGGACCUCUCAACACAUCUGGUCUGCGUCACUAUGGUAAGGCUGAGGCAUCGAUGGAGGAGGUGGUGGCCUAUUUGGAGGAAGUCUACUGUGGCCGCAUCUCCAUAGAAACCAGUCAACUGGCCAGCCUGGAGGAGCGGGUGUGGCUCGCCGACCGCUUUGAGGAGCUGAAGACGGAGACAUUUGCGGCAGAGGAGAGAAAGAGCGUGGCCAAGCUCAUGCUGGAGUCACAGGAAUUUGAUCACUUCCUGGCCUCCAAGUUCUCUACGGUGAAGCGGUACGGCGGUGAGGGAGCAGAGAGCAUGAUGGGAGUGUUCUAUGAGAUGUUUCAUCUGUUAGCCCACUGUGGGGUCACUGAGAUCGUCAUGGGGAUGCCUCAUCGCGGACGACUCAACCUACUUACAGGGCUAUUGAAGUUCCCCCCAGAGCUGAUGUUCCGUAAGAUGCGUGGCCUCAGCGAGUUCCCUGAUGAUUCCCCUUCUAUCGGAGACGUCCUCUCCCAUCUCACCUCCUCUGUGGCGUUGGACUUUGGCACUGCCCACCCGCUCCAGGUCACCAUGCUGCCCAACCCCUCCCACCUGGAGGCCAUCAACCCAGUCACCCAGGGCAAAACCCGCUCCCGCCAGCAAAUCAGGCAGGAGGGAGACUACUCAGCUGACGAGAGCGCGCAGCCUGGCGACAAAGUCGUCUGUCUCCAGGUCCAUGGGGAUGCCUCGUUCUCAGGUCAAGGAAUUGUUCCAGAGACCUUCACCAUUUCACUACUCCCCCACUUCAGAGUUGGUGGGAGCAUCCACCUUAUUGUCAACAAUCAAGUGGGCUAUACCACUCCGUCUUCCAGGGGGCGGUCGUCUUUAUAUUGCAGUGACAUUGGUAAGAUGGUGGGCUGUGCCGUGAUCCAUGUGAACGGUGACGACGUGGAGGCGGUUCUGCAUGCCACACAGCUGGCGGUGGAGUACCAGAGACUCUUCCGGAAGGACGUCAUCCUGGACCUUCUCUGCUACCGCCAGUGGGGACACAAUGAGCUGGACGAACCAGGCUUCACCAACCCGUCCAUGUACAGAAUCAUCCGGUCCAGGAAGAGCAUCCCAGAUGCGUACGCUGACCUGCUGAUCUCUGAGGGAUUAAUGACUGAGGAGGAGUGUGUUGCCAUCAAGACGGCCCACUACGACAUGCUGAACGACAAGCUGGCCAACAUGACCCUAUACAGCCCUCCACCCACCAACCUCCAGGGGCGCUGGGGAGGCCUAGUGGAGCCCAAGGCCAGGGUGACCCACUGGGACACUGGGGUGCCUGGGCCCCUGCUUCAGUACGUGGGGGCAAAGUCUGUGGAGAUCCCCGAAGAGAUCCAGCUACACAGUCACCUAGACAAGAUGCAUGUGGCGGCUCGUCGUGCCAAAGUGGAGAAGGGAACUAAUCUGGACUGGUCAACUGCGGAGGCCAUGGCGUUCGGCUCUCUGCUCUGCCAAGGGUUCAACAUCCGCAUCAGUGGUCAGGAUGUUGGGAGAGGCACCUUCAGCCAGAGACACGCCAUGGUUGUCUGUCAGGAAACAGAUGACAUGCACAUCCCCCUGAACCACAUAGACCCCGAACAGAAAGGGUUCCUGGAGGUAUGCAACAGUGCCCUGUCAGAAGAGGCCGUGCUGGGCUUUGAGUACGGCAUGGCCAUCGCUCAGCCUAAACUACUGCCUAUCUGGGAGGCUCAGUUUGGAGACUUCUUCAACGGCGCUCAGAUAAUCUUCGACACCUUCAUCUCUGGAGGUGAGGCUAAGUGGUUGCUGCAGUGCGGGAUGGUGAUCCUGCUUCCCCAUGGUUACGAUGGGGCGGGGCCGGAACACUCCUCCUGUCGCAUCGAGCGGUUCCUACAGAUGUGUGACAGUAAAGAGGAGGGGGUGGACGGUGACAACGUCAACAUGGGCGUGGUUAACCCCACGACCCCGGCGCAGUACUUCCACCUGCUGAGGCGACAGAUGAUACGCAACUUCCGUAAACCUCUCAUUGUGGCCAGCCCCAAGACGCUGCUCCGGUUCUCUGGGGCAACAUCCAGCCUGGCUGACAUGGCUCCUGGAACGCAUUUCAAGCCUGUGAUCGGUGACACCUCCGUCACAGCAGCCAGUGUCCAGCGGGUGGUGCUGUGCUCAGGGAAGCACUUCUAUGCCCUUUUGAAGCAGAGAGAGUCGAUGUCAGGCACCAGUCAGACCACGGCCCUGGUCCGGGUGGAGGAGCUCUGUCCCUUCCCUCUGGAGGCCCUGCAGCUGGAGUUCAACAAGUACACAAACGCCAAAGAGUUUGUGUGGAGCCAGGAGGAGCCCCAGAACAUGGGACCCUGGUCAUUUGUGGCCCCCAGGUUUGAGAAGCAGCUGGCCUGCAAGCUGCGAUUGGUCAGUCGGCCUGCUCUGCCCGCCCCGGCUGUGGGCAUUGGAAUGCUCCACCAGCAGCAGAACGAAGACAUCCUCACUAGUACCUUCUCAUAAGCCACUGGAGCGCUUUGCCACAAGAUGGCCGGUCCCGGGACUCAAAAUGAAGGCCCCCCUCCAUGCACUACCCCCACAAAGCUACAUGAACCACCUGACGCCGUCCGGCUUGACUGGAAAUCCAAACGGGACUUGGUUUAAAUUGUUUCACUGUCGUGACUCUGGAUUUCUCUCUGGACUAGGCUGUCUCUCUUUUCAUCCUCUUUGUUAAUAUGUUGUAAAAUCACAAGUGGUUAGGGGCUGCUGCUUUCAGCGUGGGUGGGAUUCAGGGCCUGAGCUGAGUGGGAUAGGAUGGUUUGGUGCUGCGGUAUGGAUGUGUUUAGCAUUAUGAAAUGGAGAACUAGAAAACAACACACCGUUGACAGGGAAAUCACUAAGCGCAAACACUAAAUCUAAAAUGGGUAUUUGUUAUUAACCAGGAAGUCUUAUCUACAGCAAAUGUAAGCAGUGCAUUCAUCUUUAGGCAGCUGAAUGGGACAAACCUAUAGCAGACAUUGAAAGUACACCCUGAAAAAUAUGAUUCAGAUUGAAUCAACGCCUUAGAGACUUAAGUUUUCAGCAUUGUGAUAUGGUUUAUUGAUUUUUAGUUUGUCAUAUGGCUACACAUCAGAGUGUGCUGUGAUGUCUUUGACCUAUAUUUGUCUUCAUCAUCUAGUUUAUUGUCUCAGGUUGUCAAUCUGAAGGGCUUUGGUAUUCUUUCUAUGCUAACACUUUUAUUUUGGUUUUCUACAGUUUUAAUGUCAGCUUCAACAUCCAGUUUGUUAAACAAACUCAAAAUAUUUUUUUAAAUGCGAGACAUUUUAACUAACCUUUUAGUGUAUGUUUAUGUAGAAUAAGUAGUCAAUAUUUAAUUUCAUUUUAAAUUUAGAAAACACUAAUAUCUCAGAAAAGCAUUGCAGAAAUUAGCUUUCACCUUGGCCGUUUGUCAGAUAAAAGGUUUCCAUUUCCAUUCUAGGUAUUUGGUAUACUUUAUUUCUGUGAUAGUAGCAUUGUCAUCAUCUUCAGAAUGUAGCAUUUGUUGUGGAUUUAAUCUUUACAGAUAACAUUUAAAAUGCAGAAGUGAGCACUACUAAACCCUGGUGAAAUUACAUUUAAAUAUAGUGAUCCCCAUCUGCUGUGUUAAGAAACCAAUGGCUGUACUCUGCCUGUUAUUUUUAAAGGGCUGCUGCUGUUCAUGUAGCCAAAGUGAAUGGCAACUCAAUCUUCUAACAAAUCAACUGUUUUCAAAUUGUUGUGUGUCUUACUCUUAUGGAACUGUGCGUUGCCGUGUUGCUUAUCUCUUGGUUUAUAGAUGUCCAAUCCUCUCAGAUUCCCACGUCUGGGUAUUGGGGCUAGACCCUCAUUUGGAAUUCAUAUCUGCCAAGGGAAUUCAGGCUGUUCUGGGAGACCGGAUUCAGUCCUACAUGUUUUUCGGGUGGUAUGAGUUGGAGGUUGAUUCCGGAUAGGGCUUGAACCUCUGGGAUGCUUGAUAACUAGGGCUUGAUUUGGUAUCCCAGGUGUGAGUUCCAACAAUUAAUUUGAGAGUCAUGUCUGGCAGCAGAUUAAUACAUUUUGCCAGGGAGACUGAUGGAAGAGCCUCAACCUUUUCAUUAACACAAUGUCACUGACCAGAUGACCAUUUUCACAUCCUUAAGAUUUUCAUUCACUUCAAUUAACCAAUGUAAUUGGUUUCCUAGAUAGAAUCACAUCAGAUAAUGACAAUGGCAAUGUCCAUUUGCUUUGGGGAAAUAAAUGUGUGCAUGCCACCUAA